AUGGCAAAUAGUUAUUAUCAAGAUCAAAAUUUAUAUUAUUUUUUGUCAAUAUUAACAGUAUUUAUUCUUCUUAUACAAAAUCCAAUCUUAGUUAUUGCUGAAUCAAAUCAAUUCAUACCAACAGAUGCAUCUAAUUCUCAUACAACAAUAACAGUACCAACAACAACAACAACAAUAUUUACAAUUUUAAAUAAUAAUGAUGAUAAUACUUAUGAAAAUAAUAUAGAAAAUAUCUAUGAUGAUGACGAUGAUGAUGAUGAUGAUGAUGAUGAUGACGAUGAAGAAGAUUCUAAUAUGGAUUCAUCUUCAAGAACUUUGUCACAAUCAAAAUUAAAUAAUAGUGUAACAACAGAUUUAAAUGAUGAAACACAAUUUAAUGAAUAUGAUGAUGAAUUAAAUUCAGAUCAAGAUGAUAGUGAUGAUAUGAAAAAUGAUAUAUUUACUAAUACAAUACCCGCAUCUAAAUAUCCAAUAAUUGAUUCUAAUUCUCAAUCAACAUCUCGAAUAUCAAUUGUUUCAUCACAUAUUUGGCGUACUCUAUUUUCUAGACCAGUUAUUCUUGUUGGUAUUAUUGGUGGAAUUUGUAUUGGUAUGACAUUAUCUAUUCUUCUUGUUAUGUUUAUUAUUUAUCGAAUGCGUAAAAAGGAUGAAGGUUCAUAUGCAUUAGAAGAAGGACCAAAAAAAUCACCAACACAUGCAUAUUCAAGAGUAUCAUCUAAAGAAUUUUAUGCUUGA